UCUUACAAAAAGCCCACCGAAAACAUCACAUCAACAUCAAUUGCAUGGAUCCUUUGGGCAGACGUGCCUUAACUUUAGCCAUCGAUAAUGAAAACUUAGAAAUGGUUGAGUUGCUGGUUAUAAUGGGUGUCGAAACGAAAGAUGCUCUACUCCAUGCUAUCAAUGCGGAAUUUGUUGAAGCUGUUGAGUUGUUGCUGGAGCAUGAGGAACUCAUCUAUAAGGAAGGAGAACUUUAUAGUUGGCAAAAAGUUGAAAUUAAUACAGCCAUGUUUCCACCGGAUAUAACACCUUUAAUUUUGGCAGCACAUAAAAAUAAUUUUGAAAUUUUAAAAAUUCUAUUAGAUAGAGGAGCUGCUGUACCAGUGCCACAUGACAUAAGAUGCGGUUGUGAAGAAUGUGUUCGUAUGUCUUCUGAAGAUUCCCUACGUCAUUCCUUGUCUCGUGUUAAUAUUUAUAGAGCCUUAUCUAGUCCUUCUUUAAUAUGUCAGACAUCUCACGAUCCUAUUUUAACAGCAUUUCAAUUGUCAUGGGAGCUAAGAAAUUUGGCCUUUACAGAACAGGAAUGCAAAUCCGAAUAUAUGGAUCUCAGAAGACAAUGUCAACAAUUUGCCGUAGAUUUACUAGAUCAAACUAGAACCUCAAAUGAAUUGGCCAUAAUACUAAAUUAUGAUCCUGAUAUGUCCACAUAUCAGCCUGGUGAUAGAAUGUCCUUGAAUAGAUUAACACAAGCAAUAUAUUAUAAACAAAAAAAGUUCGUUGCUCAUGCAAAUAUCCAACAAUUAUUAUCAUCCAUUUGGUAUGAGGGUCUACCCGGUUUUCGGCGUAAAACUUUAUUUGAAAAACUCUUGUGUAUUGUUAAGGUGGCCGUAUUGUUUCCUAUUUAUUGUCUCAUCUACAUGGUGGCUCCGAAUUGCAAGACUGGCCAGUUAAUGCGUAAACCAUUUAUGAAAUUUCUUAUACAUGCCUCAUCAUAUUUGUUCUUUUUGUUCAUUUUAAUAUUGGUGUCUCAACGUGCUGAUGACGACGUUAUACGUAUACUGGGCUCUGAACGUAUGAAAAAAGAAUUGAUCGAACAGCAACGACGACAACGUGGUCAAGGACCCACCAAACUAGAAAUGCUGGUGGUGUUAUAUCUUUUCGGCUUCAUAUGGGAAGAGGUGCAGGAAAUCUUUAAUGUGGGCAUAAGAAGUUACUUAAGAAAUAUGUGGAAUUUUAUAGAUUUUCUACGAAAUAGUUUGUACAUCAGUGUGAUGUGUUUAAGAAUAUUUGCCUACAUACAACAGGCCACAGAGAUAGCCAGAGAUCCAAAAAUGGCCUAUGUGCCGCGCGAGCAAUGGAAUGAUUUUGAUCCCCAACUUAUAGCAGAGGGUUUGUUUGCGGCGGCCAAUAUUUUCUCUGCCCUUAAACUGGUGCACAUGUUUUCAAUAAAUCCUCACUUGGGACCACUACAAAUAUCCUUGGGUCGCAUGGUCAUUGAUAUUGUGAAAUUCUUUUUCAUUUACUCCUUGGUAUUGUUUGCCUUUGCCUGUGGCUUAAAUCAAUUAUUGUGGUAUUUUGCUGAUUUGGAAAAAAGUAAAUGUUAUGUUUUGCCGGGUGGUCAGGCAGACUGGACGGGACAUUCAGAUUCUUGCAUGAAAUGGCGUAGAUUUGGCAAUUUGUUUGAGUCCUCACAAUCAUUGUUUUGGGCCAGUUUUGGUAUGGUGGGUUUGGAUGACUUUGAAUUGACGGGCAUUAAGUCGUAUACACGUUUCUGGGGUCUACUCAUGUUUGGCUCGUACAGUGUCAUCAAUGUUAUAGUCUUAUUAAAUCUACUAAUAGCCAUGAUGUCCAAUUCCUAUGCCAUGAUUGAUCAACAUUCAGAUACGGAGUGGAAAUUUGCUCGCACUAAAUUAUGGAUGAGCUAUUUUGAGGAUACCAGCACUUUGCCACCGCCAUUUAAUAUUUUGCCCUCUGUCAAGUGGCUAAUCAGAGUAUUUAGAAAGUCAAGCAAAGAGAUUGAUCGCAAACGUUCCAAGAAACGUCAGGCUAAGGAACAAGAAAAUGCUUAUGACAACAUAAUGCGCUCUUUGGUUUGGCGUUAUGUUGCUGCCCAAAAUCGUAAGUUUGAAGAUAAUCCAGUGACAGAGGAUGACAUCAAUGAAGUCAAAAGCGAAAUAUCUACAAUGCGCUAUGAAAUGUUGGAAAUCUUUGAGAAUAGUGGCAUGGAUGUGUCAUCGGCUGCUAAAAAGGAAAAACCAUGUCGGGCCAAGAAAACGAAAAUGUGGGAACGUCAAUUAAUGAAAGGAUUCCAGGUGGCACCCUGUCAAAAUGUCAAUGAAGAAAAACUAAAUGGCAAUGUAAACAGUGAAUGUGACAUUAAUGAAAUCAAAGUGGAAAAAGAUCCCUCUAGACCAGAUAAAGAAACACCCAAACAAAGAUUCCAAAGAGUAGCAAGGCUAGUGGCCCAGCAGUCAACGGCCCACAAAUGGACGGUGGUGUUGCAAGGUACACUAAAAGAUUCUCAAAUUGGAAGAUCAAACAAAGAUAGUGUCAAGAAUUUGCAGCAUUUAGGCAAAGCCAUAGAAGAGGCCAAAAAAUUAAUUUUACAAUCACCACCCACAAUAUCAGGCCGAGAAUCACCCAUAGCAGUGGAAUUUGAAGAUGAAAAAACCGCCACCUUAUUAGAGUUAUUAAAUCAGAUAAGUGAAGAAUUAAAAGAUGCUAAAACCUCUACACUACAACAAAGAUUACAAGCAGAUGAAAUAAAAAAGAAAUUCUUGCAACAACAUCAACAACAGCAGCAACCCACUCGACCUCCUCUAGCCAAGGAUAUUAAACCUAUAAUAAAAGAAUAUGGCGUAGAAUCUCCUGCUUCAUUUCAUCAAAGUAAAUCGGUAACCACCAGAACCCAAACACUACCAGAAAUACAAACAGCCAAAAAAGCACCAACUAAACAGAAAAGCAAUGAAAUAAUUUUAUCACCGGGCCAGUUAAAUAAACCUAUUUCAAUGAAAAAACCAGCACCAUCAGCUCCCUCACAUUCUGCUACCGCUAGGCCUACACAAAGCACUCAUACGCCUUUUGCUGUGGAAUUGGGUAAAGCGGGCCGUAAGCCUGGCUAUGCUAGACUACCACAUCAACAUUAUGAAAAUAUUCCCUCCAGUUUUGAUUUAAAUGUUGUGGACUUGGAAGAUGACAAUGAUAUGAUGGAUAAUAUUUCUCAAUUUAGUUCAGAUGCUUAUGGCUCGCCCAAGCAUGAGCAGAAACCAAAGAAAUGAAAAUAAAUUAAUUUCAAUUUUUAAAUAUAUUUUUUAAAACAAGAAAAUAGAUUGUGAUAAAAACCAGGGGAACAAUUGUUAUAUUAGUUACAAAAUAAAUAAAUAAA